AUUGGAAGAUGGCUGACAAUAACAUCUUUCCGACCCACACGAGGUAAUUUGGAGGCUAUGAUGGGGGUAAUUAGCCUCCUUAACCCCCCCAGGAUUGGGGGGGGCGGCCCUUGCCUGCUGUGCCCUAUACCACCCCCAAAUUUGUGGGGGCACUAGGCACAAAGCCCUCCUGUGGGAUUUCGGCACUCCUGCACGCCGUCCCUGAUUCGCGCCACUAGAUGCAAGAACUUCAAAAGAAACAAUUUGGAUGAAAGGAAUGCACAUAUUUCAAGAAAGAAGGGGGAGUAAAGACUGCUAAUAGAAGAGAUCUCUGACAAAACAAGAUAAUAAUAAAACAUGAGAAGAUACGCCAAGACAAGGUACGGCAAAUGACUGAUGGGGGAGGGGGAAAAAACUCUCCCUUCUUUUCCUAUGUGAUUAAACAAGAAUCCCCUCCCCUCACGAGUCAGAAAUGUCGUUUUAAGGACUUAAAGCUGUGGAUUUAAGGCUGGGUGGAGAUAAACUUUCGAACCAAAGCACGUUUUAAGAAGAGUGUGGAAUGUGUAAGAGCUUUGGAAUGACGCAGUUAAAAAUGCCGUCGCCAUAUUGGGAAGUUCUGUCGGAGGUCUUGAGUUUGGGAGGAGAAAGAGAGAAAUAGAGCUGUUUAUAUAUUGUGGGUUAAACUCCUCAGUGGGACUUAAGAGCGACAGUUUUACGAGACUAUGAUGGAAAGAGUGAUGUUAUCUAUGAAGGAGAUGAUAUAUGGAAACCAUCUCGAUUUGAGGAUUGGAAGAACGGAAAAUUCACACAGGAUUAUUAUUACUAUUGGUGUUUAUCAGCUUAAGGAGACUAUCAGAAGAGAUCAUAAAGAAAAAAGAGAAAAUAUAUGAACAAGAUGUGAUGUGGAAACAGCAAGAUAAGAUGGGAUAGAAUUAUGAACUUUGUUUGGACUGAUUGGGACAUUAACGCAGCAGCAAGAAGAUGAUCAGAAUUCCCCUUCGGAUCUUGAAAUAUGGGUCCCCCCAACAAAAUCAAAAGCAUCCAUUCUUCAGCGAUCAGCCUUCUUUAUGGUCCAGCUCUCACUUCCGUACAUCACUACUGGGAAAACCAUAGCUUGAACUAUACGGACCUUUGUUGGCAAGGGGUCAUAUAUAGGGUAGUUCAUACAAUCAGGAUAGCACCUUGACACCUUUUCCCCCAAAGAGGCAGGCAGACAAAUUGACAUGUGCAGUUUCUCCUUGCCAGAGGGCGCCUGUUGGAUUUCUGCAGAAUAGUUCAGAAGGCUUGGCUCAAAAUCCCCCAAGAGUAACAAUUCUCUAAAUAUGAUAUAUUAUUUCUCAGGUUUGAUAGCUGGAUCCUUAUCAUGAAUGAAAUCAGCAUCCUUUGAACAGACAAGGAAUUUCCAGGGAAUCUCUCAGCCCCUUUGUAUACUGCCUCAGAUUAUUCACAGUCACCUCUGUCGUUUGAGCUAAUACUUUCCAUCCAGUCUUACAAACCAGAGACUUUUAUAUCUAUGCGGCUAGGACUUCUCUCAGUCUGACAAAGAAGUUAGCAAUUCAGUUCAAUCAGGGAGUCUUCUAUUCCUUUACUUCUUCUCACCUUCACUUAAUAAUCCCACAAACAAAUAAUUCAGAGUCUGAGAAGGGAUUGCUAGUCCAGGAAACAGAUGAUGAAUAACCCCUUCUGCGUGCAUUGUUCCAAAGUUAGUUUCUGCUGAAGGGCAGUAGUGUGUUGUGUAAUGCCUCACCAGCCAGUACAUUUAUGGAGAAUUCAGAUUUUAUUUCUAACCGGCUGUGUCCAUUAGCCUAGUUCUCACUGAGACAGAUAAUCCUGUGUAAGGGAAUAUACCAAUUCAGCUGCUUGGAGACUUUUGUGAUCAGGCGGUCCUUAAUACCAACAAAUUUCGUUGCACAUAGAAAACUUACACGUCAGAGAGAGUUAUCGCCUUGACGUUCCUAUAUUUCACGUGCAAUAAAUCCUUUGCACUAGAGGAGCAUUUGCUUUGACACCUACCCCAGCUGUACUCUGCCGUGGUACAUUCCAGACGCAAGCUUUCUGCCUCAGUGAGAGAACUAAGUUGUAGGUAAAGGUAAAGGGACCCCUGACCAUUAGGUCCAGUCGUGGCCGACUCUGGGGUUGCAGCGCUCAUUUUGCUUUAUUGGCUGAGGGAGCCGGCGUACAGCUUCCGGGUCAUGUGGCCAGCAUGACUAAGGCACUUCUGGCGCACAGAAACGCCAUUUACCUUCCCGCUGGAGUGGUACCUAUUUAUCUACUUGCACUUUGACGUGCUUUCGAACUGCUAGGUUGGCAGGAGCAGGGACCGAGCAACAGGAGCUUACCCGUCGUGGGGAUUCGAACCACCGACCUUCUGAUUGGCAAGUCCUAGGCUCUGUGGUUUAACCCACAGUGCUACCCACGUCCCUAAGUUGUAGGUAUCACAUCAGAAGAGCUUUGGUUUAAUAAUAAUAAUUUUAUCAUUUGUACCCCGCCCACCUGACUGGGUUGCCCCAGCCACUCUAGGCGGCUUCUAGCAUAUGCGAAAACAUAAUAUAACACCAAACAUUAAAAACCUUCCUAUACAGGGCUGCCUUCAGACGUCUUCUAAAAGUUGUGUAAGUCAGUGUAUAGCCUCAGCCCAGUAUACCUGAAGGAGCGUCUCCACCCCCAUCGUUCUGCCUGGACACGGAGGUCCAGCUCCGAGGGCCUUCUGGCGGUUCCCUCAUUGCGAGAAGUGAGGUUACAGGGAACCAGGCAAAGGGCCUUCUUGGUAGUGGCACCCGCCCUGUGGAACGCCCUUCCAUCAGCUGUCAAGGAACUAAGCAACUAUCUGACUUUUAGAAGACACCUGAAUGCAGCCCUAUUUAGUUUUUAAUGACGGAUGUUUUAAUGUAUUUUUAAUCUCUUCUUGGAAGCUGCCCAGAGCGACUGGGGAAACCCAGCCAGAUGGGCAGGGUAUAAGUAUAUUAUUAUUAUUAUUAUUAUUAUUAUUAUUAUUAUUAUUAUAAUACGUCGCAUCAGCAUCUGUAAACCGGCAGGGUUUCAGAGCCUUCUUCCCGCUCCCCAGAUACGUGGCAGCGUGCACAGAUGUUGGAAGAUAGGCUGUUGCUGAGAUGUUUGCAAUUCUUUGCCUUCCCCAGGAUGGUGUCUAAGAUGGGUCACACCCUCGUGGACUCCGUGGCGACCUCAUUCCCAACCACUGUCUCUCCUGGGAGGUAUGUGGCAGCUAUCUGGAGUUGGCUGAACCUCUUGUCUUCUUCUUCUUCUUUGGCGACCACUCAUGGAGUAAGAUUGUCUUUCAUAAACACAGUUUUAACAGUGGGUCCGUAAGUGACUGUGGAGGCCAAUUCUGGAUCCACACGUCCUUCCACACUGGGGACAUUGGUUUCCGGGUGGGAGUUGAUCCCGGUGAGGGUUUGCCAAGCGUUCCUUCCUCUUAGCACGUUUCUGCCUUGCAUCCUGAGUUCGAGUGUCUUCAAAGCCCAUGACACCUUUGGUAAAGGCUGUUCUCCAACUGGAGCGCUCGCAGGCCAGUGUUUCCCAGUUGUUGGUGUUUAUACUACAUUUUUUAAGAUUUGCCUUGAGAGAGUCUUUAAACCUCUUUUGUUGACUACCAGCAUUAUGCUUUCCAUUUCAAAGUUCAGAAUAGAGUAGUUGCUUUAGAAGACGAUCAUCAGGCAUCCGCACAACAUGACCAGUCCAACAAAGUGGAUGUUGAAGAAUUAUUGCUUCCACACUGGUGAUCUUUGCUUCUUCCAGUACACUGGUAUAUCGGGGUUCCCUUCUCCCUCCCCUACCAACUCAGGUCCUUUUUUUCUUUUUCUUUUUUCUCCUUUUUAGGAUUGUUGAGCCUGAUAAUCUGGACAUGAAAACUGUGAAGAUCCAGAUUGCAGAGUACAAGGCCCUGGGACAAGCCGCUGAAGCAGAAAGGGGCAAGCUGAUAGAAAUGGUCAACAUCCUGCAGAAAAGGUGA